CAAAGCACUGGUGUUUUCAUAUGAUUUUCAUCUUCUUUGUCGCUCUCAAUGGUAUGUCUUAUGAAAUGUGUGGCCAACUCUUGUCGUCUCUCACAUCCCAAUCAAUGUGUUUUCAUGUGUUGACAACAAUUUAAAGUUUUUUGUCUACAAUUUCUUACAUAUGAAGAGAGGGAGAAAAACACACAAAAAUAAAUAUGAAUUUCUAUAUAAUAAGCAAUAAAUAUAAUACUUAUUUGAAAUAUACUCUAAUAUAUCUCAUCGCUGUUCACAUUCACAUAAUCAGAGCCCAAGAAGAGGAGAUAAUAGCGGACAUAACGAGUUCUAGUCAAUCGUCAUCAAGUGAUGUGAUCUGUUCACAGGCAUCCAAUUGCAGCAAGUGCAUUUCACACCCGCAAUGUGCCUGGUGCAUGUCAGUGGUCAAAACACUGCCCGGCAUAUCCCGGUGCGACUCGUCCGACAGUUUACUGGCCAACGGGUGUCCGGACGCCGAUAUCGUGAACCCGGCCUCGUCUGUAGAGAUUGUGAAAGUACUCGACUAUCCCAUAGACUUAUAUUACUUAAUGGAUUUGACUUACUCUAUGAAAGAGCAUAAGGAGAAACUCGUCGAACUGGCCGACAGUCUCGCCGUUCACAUGAAUAACAUAACCAAAUCGUUUCGGCUGGGGUUCGGGUCGUUCAUCGAUAAGGUGGUGAUGCCGUACGCGUCGAUGGUUUCGGCAAAGCUGGCCAACCCCUGCACCGACCAACAGGCCUGCGCCCCGCCCUACGGCUUCAGGAAUCACCUGCCGCUCAGUCAUAACAUAUCGCGUUUCGCUGUGGAGGUCGGCUCCACACCGCUGUCCGGCAAUCUGGACAACGCUGAGGGC